UUGCGGCAAUACAAACUUGGAUUUCUUCAACCGCACGCAGGAACUGACCGAUGUCGCAUAUGGAACACCACACACUCCGCUGAGAGAGUCCAUGUAUAGUCGCGCAUGCAAGGGCUGGGUGGUCGUCGACGGGCUGGAAGUCCUCUUGGAGCAGGGCAUCGCGCAGUACGAGCUGUUCACGAAACGACCUGCCCCCGUCAAUAUUUCCGUGGUGGACUCGUGUCCGAAGCCCGAAGAGAAGACCAUCAUUCCUAUCCACUACUGGAUCCUCCACAGCAUGAGCCCCACCGAAGCGUCGGAACUCUUCCUUGCCUCCAAUGCUCUAGGACUGCUGUUCGGGCCCGAGAUGCAAACCCAGAUCCCUGCAUCCUGCGUCUCAUGCUACAUCUCCAGUCCGGAAGAAAGGAAUCCAUACGUGCCUCGCUGGCGGCGGCUAUUCAAUAAUGUGCAGCAGCGGUACGAGAUUCGGCCGAGCCAGAUGAAGCCAAUCGUUAGUUUCUCGGACAUGAUGAACGGAAGUGGGGGUCGGAGUCUGUUCCCAACGGGUCUGUGUGGGAAUGACGCUGGUAAGGAAGCCGAAGACAGAUUCUAUACGAUGACGACCUACGCCUCUGCUCGAGAUGCUGACAGCAAGGCACCCCUCUUUGAAAUCGAGUUUGUUUCAGUCAAGGUUAUCAAUGGAUGGGGCGGGACGAUCGACGGUCUAAGAUUCGGCUACGGAGGGACUCGGAUGCUGCGCUCGAUCCGCCCAGCGAGAUAUCUCCGGCGAUGGGAGGAUGACGUCCGUGACGAGGGCAUCCAUUUCAGCACCCGGUAUACUGUUGAGCUCCUGUUGAGCCAAUUCAAUGGCUGA